AGUAGAGAAGCUCCGAACUCUGGCCAGACAGUCUAUCAUCUCCCAAAAAUUCGAGUCCUCCGUUGUAGGCAGCCACCUGUUAUCAGGCGAAGGAAUUACAUCCGCUGCCGAGGAGAGGAUUUGGCGAUUCCUGCCAUGAACCCGAAAAGUAGUGGCAGCGUGUUUCUCGAGUAUCGAAUUGAACUCUACGCGAGUGCAACAUGAUGUAAAGACAACUUUGAAAUUUUGAUCUGAGCGUUUCACUUGUGGCAAAAUAUUUUCAUCCAUUCCUCACUACCUUUACCGAUGAUGAAGGAUGAGCCCAUCACGGCUUCUCUGCCGAUAUCCAGUGGCCGAGGCACCUCACCUGGACUAAGCCCGUGUGCAACUGCGGCAGAGCCGACCCGCCAGUGUCCCGUUUCUCCUGCUGACUUCGUACGCGGCGGAGCUGCCGAUGAUGGCCAUCAAAUGGCUCGUAGAACUCCCGAUAACAUGUUGUUCACAACGUUUCAAAGCCAGGCGCAGAACAAGGUUCUAGACCUGGUUGAGGAUCUGCGCGACGCGUUCAUUGCCAGGCGCAAGUCAACGUCCACGAGGGAUACAGUGCCUGGUAGUGAUCUGGUUGCGUGGAUGCGGGACAAUCGCAACCUCCCGAAAUCAAGUGCCAAUCACCUAGUCUUCCUGUUGUGUAACCUGGGCUUCAUCGUAGCUAUACCUCCCGCCGGCCCGGGCCUCAGGCACACGGACUCGCGCAAUGUUGCCGAGAAGAGUCGAUAUCGCUUUCAGAAUCAUGACUACCUGCCGAGCAACGUAGGGCGUAACACAGACUUUGACUAUGCUGCCUAUCUCUACCGUGUCAUCGCACUCAGCUCACAUCACAGCACUUUGCCGUAUGAGCAGGAGGCGCUGGAUCGACUUCAGCGAAAACUUGCAAUAGACUGGCGAGCAGUGCAGAAGUGUGCUGGUGAUCGAAGAGCGAUUUUGAAGGCAAUGCCAGCAGAGGAACGUCACUCCUGUUAUCUGCAGGAACGCAAGUUCUGGAGAGUGGUGCGUCCUCCGCCGCGAGCGGCUUGUCCCCUGCGGUCGGCCGACCACCCGUGGAACGAGCCCAACUCUCACGAGCAGCUGCUGGAGUCGACCGAGGCGAGCAUCGCCACCGGCCGCUCCACGAUCUCCAACUUCACGCUGGACUCGUCGGCCUCUCUGACGGCUCUGGACCGCCUCCGCUCGCGCUCCAUGGGCAGCCGGGAGCAGAUAGCACGGCGACGGCGCAAGAAGCAGACGGAGCGCGACGUCAGCAGCCUGCCGACGGUGCGGCCCAGCGAGAGCCAGCUGGACCAUCGCAUGCAGUCCAUGGUCAACGACAAGCAGAUGCGCAACGACAUGUGGCUGCGCUCGCUGCAGGACCCCUACGGCGGUCUGAGCCUGCGCACGCUGGACGAAGGCAACACAGCGCCAUCGCUCGCCGCCAUUACGGGCCGCACCGACCUGGCCAACAUGGAGGCCAGUGCUAACAGCACCCCCGAGCAGCAGCGAGGAAGCUCCGUCGGCACGCUAUGGAAACCCAUCGCCGAGGCAACCAGUGCCCCGCGCCACUCCAGCCUCACCUCGUCCGUCGGCGCAGGCACGGAGCGCGAGGAUUGCUUGGCGCCGCAUUCGCGCGGCUCGUUUUCGUCGCUGCUGCGCGCUCCGCGGUCGGCGUCGCCGGGCAACUCGCUCACCGUCUGUGCAGGCUCGGUAGGAGACGGUCGUCUGUCGCCCUCAGCUGCUUCGUCUGAUCUGGACGAGGCGUCACCGAUUGUAGAGCUGUCAGAAGAAGAGGUCAUCCAGAAUGAGAUUGCAUCGCUGGAGGGUCGCCUGCAUCAGCCAUACCUCUCUGUCGAGCGAAUCAUCGGAGUGCACAAGAAGCACAGCACUGAGCGUCAUGAAUUGGACAUGCUCUGCGGUGGAUCGCAGUCUAGCAGUCAGAACCACUGGGUAUCCAGUCAUUUAGACAGUUUACCUAACACGGACGCAGCAACGAACAUCACCAGUCAUCAACUACGUUUGUGGUCCAUCAACUUUGACGCGUUGCUGCACGACCCAAGGGGAUCGCUGGAGUUUGACACCUUCCUGCAGAAGGAGUUUGCCAGCGAGAACAUUCAGUUCUGGAAGGAGGCGGAGGUGUACCGCAACCUGCCCACGUCACAGCUGGAGGCCAGGGCUGCGCUCCUUUACAAGGAGUUUAUCCAGCAGAACUGCUCCUCGCAGAUCAACAUACCCGCAACUGUCCACCUGGAGAUCCGUAAACAGAUCGAUGCCGGAGCAACACGCUUCAUGUAUGACGUAUCUCAGCGUCAAGUGUACCAUCUGAUGAGGAAGGACAGCUAUGCCCGAUUCCUGCAGUCCCAGCAGUUCAAAGAUCUGCAGAAGUCCGUACCGGCAAGAAGUGGCGGAGGACCGUCGAAUCUGUUCCGCAGUUUUCGAAUACGCCGUCCCACUGGCCGCCACUCCGCUUCGUCGACAAGGGACAUGGCCAGCGGGCACUCUGCCAACACCGAUAUCAAGCGGGACAAACUGGCCCAAGUCUCCAAGAAUGAAGUAUUUGAUCUGACCACUCGGCUGGCGUUCUCCAAGCAGAGCGGAAAGUCGCCGGAGUCCCCCAGGGCCACAUCGCUGUCCUCUUCAACUACUACACGCAGGGAGCGUGACUCUCUCCAGAGUGGGACUCACACUCUCUCCAACCCUGUCACUACUAGCGACUCUGUCAAGAGUCCGGACAGCAAGAAUCUCAUCAAGCACACGUCAGCACCUUCUAGCUACAUACUCAGGCCGACGAGCAGAGGUAGUUCCCCAGUCGUCAUCAAUGGCUUAGUGCAAGAGGAGUACGCUGGAAAGGGCCUAUCCAAUCUUGUGGACAACCUGACCAAUCCGGUCAAGUCUGUGCGCUCGGCACCCGUAUCCUCGGCGCCAAUCUCCACCAUGGCCAGCUCCAACAGCAUCGGCCACGCCCAGCAGGCACCGCCACCGUCACAGCUCACCCACACCUCCACCAACAGCAACAACCACUUGCUCUUCUCCCUGCCCAUCGAGAGCUUGAUGACGACGGACUGCGGCGGGCGUGAUGGUGACGUACAAGCAGCCGUGGCAUCAUCAUCCGCAGCAACAUCCACAGUAUCAGCACCAGCGUCAACAGCACCGGUGGUCGCGGGGGAUUCUUCUCGUCGUGUCUCCACCACCACCGCUUGCUCAGUGACGUCACUCGAAGCCAAGGAGUCACACUCGAACACUGAGGGCCGGUGCAGCAGCAGUACCAGCAUCAGCACCAGUCCGAGUGCGCGCAGCGGUGCGAGCGUGCCGCGUCUGUCCAUCGUCAACGCCAACAACAAGGACCUUCUCCUGCUCAGUGGCACCGAUCUACCCGAGGAAGAAGAGGAGGUCGUCAACAGAUCAACAGCUAGGUGCUCCAUCUCCAGUGCGGGUGCUUCCACUCAUAGCUCCAGUGCUGCUUGCUCCUCUGUUAUUCCCCAGAGCAGAAGUACAGGUAAUAUCUGCUCCAAGAGUAGUGGUGAUCUGUCACCAAGCAACCCUGGCAGGUUCAGAAGACUGCUGCCGAAGAAGCCCACGGCGUCCAAUGAGGCGCUGUCCACGGACGAGGAGCGUGACCCAGGACGAGAACGGCCUAACUCUGAGUCGUCAAUGUUCAAGUUUACUAAUCGUUUCUCGUCACGAAGGAGCAGCUGGGGCCCUUCUCGAAAUCACUCGCAUCGUGGAAGGCACAGUGGAGGAGAGUCUUCUGCUCGCUCAGCCUCUCCUUUCCAGAGCCUUGCUCAGCGGCUGGGUCUAAGCGGCGGCAGUGGUGGCAGCGGGACAGGCCCAAGCAGCAGUGCCAGUGGCACACCCUGUCCCACCAUACUGGACCGUGGCCCACAAUCGGACGAGUCCACGACGGACAAUGCUGCUGCUACGGCUGCUGCUCCUAGCAGUGCCCCGGCUGCAGCAUCAGCAGCAGCGCCUGUAAGAUCCUCCGCAGCAGCGGCCAGUGAAACACCUGGCGUAAGUGCAGACCAACCUAGCGCAGAGCUAACCAACACCGAGCCCUUGCGACGCCAUGCAAUGUGCGAUGAUGAUCCAUCGAAUCCAGAGGAGGCGCAGUUGGACUCGUCCUCCUCCGCAUUCCGUCCAGCUUUGCGCAGGAGAACUAUGAAGCAUUUGUUUGGCUGAGGAGCAUGCUCUUUCAAACAGCAGGUGCACUAUGACUCUCUCUCUCUCGCUCUCUCUCUCUCUCCACUGUGUACAUUUGUAAUCAAUCCACCGUUCCUCUUCACCCACCAUCACCAGCAGCAGCAGCAGUAAGGACAUGUGCCGUCACAGCACUGCCUCGCCAUACUCUCCUCUCUGCACACGUAACACACGUCACUUUGUAGUCCGUUUGAUGUUCCAAGCGCUCCCCGUCGUGUCGUCAUGCUACCAGCAGCACGCGUCUGUUUCAUGUGCUCGUCAUGAGAGUGUGUCUGUGUUCCUGUGUUCAGCAGCCUUGCACACAGUCCUGUGUGUGUGCUGCUUGUACUUGUGUGUUCAGCAAUGGCAGUUGUUUGGCGUGUGCUAUAGCCAGUCAGAUGCACCCAAUUCCAAUGGUACGAUGCUGACUGCGGAAUGCCGUGUCGAUUCAUGUGCAACGGUUCAUCCAACGGUUGCUGGGUGAAGUUUGUCAGUUGCCGGUUUUCCGAUCUCUGUCUCCUCAUACUCGACGUCCCGCUGUUUCCCAUGUGAGUGUAGCUACUCUGUGUGAGGUGUGUGUGUGUGUGUGUGUGUGUGUGUGUGUGUGUGUGUGUGAGUGAGUGAGUGUAGCUACUCGUUUGUUGUGCUCGUUUGUUGUGCUCCGUUGCCAGUGUCACCAGUACAGUGCUGUUGGUGCAUGUGACAUGUGUGUGUCCCUCUCAGUUACCAGUUGCACCAUUACGGUACUAUGUCGAUGGUUAGCGUGACGUGCGGAUUCCGCUCAGUUCCCUGUUCCAUCGCUCUAUUGGAUUGAGUCCUUUGCAGCAGUAACGUUGACGAUAGUAAAUAGCUUGCCGUGUCGUGUUCCAAACCCGUCCUGCUUGGGACCUGUUAUCAUACCUGCACUACCAACUCUCAAUGAACAUGGACUCCUUUGUUUCUAACUGAUCAACCAGCCUGCUCUAGCCAGCCAUCUGUCCCAGUCAGUGGUUGCUACCUGCACUAGCAACACUCAAUGAGCAUGGACACCUUCGGGGGUUUUUCCAACUGAUCCAGCCUGCUCUAGCCAGUCGUAUGUCACAGUCAGUGGCUGCUGCUGCUGCUGCUGCUUGUUCUCACCGUCUUCUUCUCCGCCGGACUCACCACCGUAAUAUUGUACCUGACAUUCCGGUCUAGUUCCGACUCCCUUCCGCUACCGCUGCUGCUUGAUAUUGCAGACACACCCAACGACCUUUUUUUCUUGCAAUUUUGCUCACAUUCGAGCAUUAGAGUGUGCCAUUACGCGUGUACAGGCGUGUGGUGCGGCGGCCAAACCGACUUAUCAACCUUUCCCAGCUGUGCUUUCCGGUGCUGCCCCGGGAGCCAUAUAUAUAUAUAUAGAAACGACCAGGCAGCAGAAAAACGUCUUGUGCGUGUGUGCGUGUAUGUUCCAAUGGCUUUAUCCCAAUCGUGACUUCUCUUUCUAGCUACAAGGGACCGACUUUCCUCUCCUCUCAUAGACCAAACCCUGUGUUUUGUUCACUUUGUUUCUAGUAGACGUGCUAGAGUAACGCAUAGGUAGACCGUGUUGUGUUUUUUUCUUGCGCUUCUUCUUCUUAAAGUGAGGAGAAGAGGAGGAGUGAUUGUUACUUCUUCUUCUUCUUCUUCUUUUUUUACGCGUUCUAUAGAAUUUUCGUUUUUGGUCCGAAUCCGCCCACCGGCCUUUGCUGGCUCUGGUGUGGUGUGUAGUUUGUUCUCGUAUCCGUGUAUCCGUGUGUGGUGUUGUUGCAUGCAGUAGUAGUAGUACAGUUGUCCGUCUAAUAAUAUUCCUCGCGUUUGCCAGCAGAGUCCUUUUCCUUUUUUUUCUUUUUUUGUUGUUGCACGUAAUCAUUCCUGCCACUUUUGUCUUCUGCCGUCUCUCUCUCUCUCUCUCUCUCUCUCUCUUUAUGUUGUUGCGUUUGUUCUUCUCUUGUUUAAGAAGCUAACUUAGUAGUGUGUGUUGAUAGUACAAGCAUGCCGUGUCAUGCCUGUCAGACGUAGAGUACCGGUAUUAUAGUUAGAAGCAUCUGAACCAGUCAUACGGAUGAUAACGUUAAACCACUUAUUAUUAUUAUGUUCACAUUUUGCUUCCGAUUUGGUUGCAUUUUAAUUUUAUCUUGAUUUUUGUCCAUGCAUGCACCGACUCCACUGGCGGAUUUGUUUAUUCCGUCCGUAUCUACCCGCUCCUAGUGUGAAGCAUCCCUCCGCGCCGUCUUCCCGUGUACAAUAUGCGCCGCCGCUCUGCCAUAGUCCGCAAGCGUUGUUCCCCCAGUCCGCCCGCACGCACACAUUGUCCCGACUCUCACAUGCCCGGUCGUCCCCGACAACGCUUCAUCCCGCAACACGGUGGCCAUGCCUAGCCACCGAUGCUGCUGCUGUCCUUUCUGUUGAUUUCUGCAGUCGCUUCUGACUUCAUUGUUUUAACCUGUAUCAUCACUCUUCGUCUAACCGCUAUUCCGUUUGUUUUCAUACUCAUCCUAUACACACCAACACCACAUUCCUCUGUUUACAAACAGCCAAAUUAACACAACCGA